AUGGAUACACUCUCGCCCAAUAACGGCUCCAAGUCGAACUCCAGCGGUAGCUCGGCCACCAGCUCCUCCAUGGAUCUUAAAUGCCACAAGCAACAACAGCGUCAGCGUGAACAGAAAUUGUCACGAUCGCGUAGUUUUCUGCACUUGCUAAGCAAGCAUUUGGGACGGCAUUUCCAGCAUCAUCAUCACCAGAACGACACAGUAUACAGCAGCCAGGACGACAUACGCAGCUCAUCGACGGACUCCUUCAGUCUUAGCGACGAGCGCGGCUCCCACAACGAGUGCCAUGUGCUAAACGGCGGAUCCAGUUUGGAUCUGGUAGGCUCUCGCGCUUCCUCCACAUCGGCCUGCUCGCGUUGCUCACCUGGCCUGGACUGCUACGAAGGCUAUGAUCGCAGCAACAGUGGCCACAUCUAUGUCCAGACCGUCUACAGGCCGAACAGCGUCCUCGAGCAGCAUGCCAUGCAACGAUAUGACGAUGAUUCCAGCAGUGGCGAGGAUGUGGACGACGAGGGUUUGGGCACCGAUGAGAACGAGAAUGUGGAGCACAUGAAAGUACAAAACGGAAUGGAUGAACAGCAUCCGCGUUCGGCAUCGGCUGCUUCUGCCAGCGGCUGCAAGGCCGGCGGUGGUCUCCAUUUGAGCCGCAUAUCCAUUUCGUCAUCAGUGAGCCGCAUGCUUCAUCACUUCUCGACCUCGGCGGCCACGACGGCCACGGCUUCGUUGCGUUCGUUGUCCUGCAGCAGUACGCCUCUGCGCCAGCCGAAAAAGUCACUCACGCCCCACAACAGCAGCAGCAGCAACGCGAGCAGCACCAGCAGUGGCAGCGGCAGCGGCAGUGGCACAUCUAAGUCGGCGAAAAAGCAAAAGAAACAGCAGAGCAUCCUGCGACCUCCAGUGCAGUACGUGUACAUGAAGGGCAUGUCUGGUCUGUACUCGCGUGUGCCCAGCUACGCGGUCUGUUGUCCCUACACGUUGCAUCACAUGUACUAGAUGUGCAACACACACACACACACUCUCUUCACACACCUCACCAUUUCACACACACACAUCAUGCUCAUUAUCCUGGGCAAUGUCCUCGCCACAUAUACUCGUACAUAUAACACACACAA